AUGGAAAUUAAAGCUAAAACCAAAAUGAAUGGCAUUAGCAACUAACUCUAAAAAUCCUCACUGUAUGGCCAUCAAUCUCAGUAGCACUGCUUCUCUUCACUCUAAGCCUUCCUUUCUGACUCAUAAACACAACAACCUCAUCAAAUUCUAUCAUCCUUUUUCCUCUUUGCUCACAACAUGUGCUCAAACACAUGGGACUGACACUGGAGUUACACAGAAAGAUGAUGCUUCUGCUGGAUCUUUAUCUUCUUCUCGUGCACAGCUGGAUCUUUUGGAGCAACUUACAUCUACAAGCUCACCUAAUAGUGGUUAUGAAAGUGAUGGAAGCUCUCGCAAACUUACAAUCCGAGAGCAGCUCGUGCAGUUGUUUGGAGAAAGGGAUGAUGAUUUCACCAUACCCCUAGGUAAAAACUUGAAGAAAGUGAGUGCGAAGUUCUUGACCAUUUCACAAAAGAGAAAUAUCAGGAGACAAACUUACCUCAAUGAAGUGUCUCAAAGGAAUGAUUCUGUUUUCUUUGCAACCAUUGGAGCAUUUGUGAUUCUUCCACCUUUUAUAAUUCUAGGAAUAGCUAUAUUAACCGGCUAUGUACAGCUUUUUCCUUGAAAUACUAUAGUUAGCCAUACUUAAGUGAUAUAUCAAUGUGAUAUUAAUAGAAUUUCUUGCCUUAUUAUUUGUUUUCUCCUGUUUUAGGGAUAGAGUGUCUGUCUUUCCCCUUUGGUUAGCAAUUUUUUUUUUUUUUGAAAAGCUUAUAAACACUGACAGACAAUGUCCUCAAACAUUGAGAAAAACAUCAUGGAUAAGAUGUUGAUCUAUUUCCAUGAA